ACCCGGGGGUCCUACCAGUUGUAGGCGCUCUUCCAAGCAAGCUGCAAAACACAAAUCGAUUGUUUAUUUUAUGUUUGUUUACAUUUUUCGGAGCGCAUAAAUGACUUCGACUUUGCUGUCGCCCAUGGUGGAUUAUUACAAUGAUGAAGAAGAACUCGAUAGCGUGGAUGACGACGACGAUCGGAGUUUCAGGGGGAGAGACUCGGAAGAAGACACUGAGGAUGCCAGUGAAACUGAUCUUGCCAAACAUGACGAAGAUGACUAUGUGGAAAUUAAGGAGCAAAUGUAUCAAGACAAACUGGCCUCUCUGAAAAGGCAGCUGCAGCAGUUACAAGAAGGCACACUGCAAGAGUAUCAGAAGAGGAUGAAGAAGUUGGACCAACAGUACAAAGAGAGACUUCGGAAUGCAGAUCUAUUUCUCCAGCUUGAGACAGAGCAGGUGGAGAGGAACUACAUCAAGGAGAAAAAGGCAGCAGUGAAGGAGUUCGAUGAUAAAAAGGUUGAGCUAAAGGAAAACCUAAUUGCAGAGCUGGAGGAGAAAAAGAAGAUGAUUGAGAACGAGAAAUUAACAAUGGAGCUGACAGGCGACUCCAUGGAGGUAAAGCCUAUCAUGACCCGGAAGCUGAGGAGACGGCCCAACGAUCCAGUCCCAAUACCAGACAAGCGGCGAAAACCUGCACCAGCUCAGCUAAAUUAUUUGCUAACAGAUGAGCAGAUAAUGGAAGAUUUAAGAACACUUAAUAAGCUGAAAUCACCAAAGCGACCAGUGUCUCCCUCAUCUCCAGAACAUGUCCCCUCUGCUCCCAUGGAGAGCCCCACCCAGCGUUAUGAGGCCCGCAUCGAGGAUGGGAAACUUUACUAUGAUAAAAGAUGGUACCACAAGAGUCAGGCCAUCUACCUGGAGUCAAAAGACAACACAAAGAUCAGCUGUGUCAUCAGCACAGUAGGAACCAAUGAGAUGCUGUCUUCCUAUCACCUUUCAUGCUGCUUAUGCUAUGCUACCUCACCUGCCUGCCCUCCGGCCUCACUCACCACCUUGGACACAGCGGAACUCAGGUCUGCCAGCCUUUCCACUACUCCCCUGGACUACCACCGCCUCUCCCUCAAAGCGAGGUUCAUGCCGGUCACCAACGCAAAUGCUCCGUUCUCGUCGCAACCUGCUAAAUCCCCGUUCACCCUCCACUGA